AUGCCGUCCUGGAAGAGACAGCGGCAGCAGGGCCAGUCGAAGGCGUGGUCGCUGCAUGAUGCGACGGCGGCGCAGCCGAUUGGACUGGGAGCGAAGGCGGCGGCACGCUGCGGCAAAAGCUCUAAGGCGGACCGCUUCUGGAACGCGGAGGAGGCCCCGCUGCCAGAGGGCAUCGCGGAGCCCGCCGUGGCGGCGCCGCCGCACGCGCGCGUCGAGGCCAUGAGGCUGCAGAGGUGCACGCAGCUGAGGAAGCUGCUGUCCAGGCGGUGCUCCGCCCACGGCAUCACCGAGCCCGUGCUGGCCUUCGAGCGUUGGCUCGCGCGCUGCCGGCUGAGGGAGGAGACCGCCCCCGGCGCCGACCGCGGCGCGCGCGGCAGCCGGCCCAGGCGCGCGCUCGACCCGCUGCUGCCCUCCAUUGCCGGCAGGCGGCCGGAGCCAGGACUGGUGGAGGAUCUGCAGCGCGCGUACCUGCCCGAGGCCCUCGCGCGCCAGGUGGCGGCGGAGCUCGGCAGCGAGAGCGAGGCCGCGGCGGCGGCCGUGGCCAGGGCCGCGGCCGGCAAGGGCGUCCCGCCGCCGCAGCCCGUGAGGGUUGCGGAGCACAG